AUCCAAAUGAGAGGACAAAGAAGAGUCUCUCUUCGCCGAUUCCCAAUUUGUACAGAGCGUAACGUUUCUCUAUCCCUAUAUUCCGGCUUUUACAUCGUCACCUAACAGAGGGCUCCUUGAAUUGGCUGUUUAUGAGAUACAAACAUCUUGAUUUGCUACAGGACUGGAGCUUUAUUUGCUAAAGGGGAAUGAUGCCAGAAACACCCACUGGGUUGCGGAGAUCAAAGCGGCUUGGUGAUAUCCAGCUCCAGCCUGCCCAUCAAACUAAUGCACAAGAAGACGAUAUGACAAUUCCAACCCAGAAUGGAACCAGAAGAAGAGUGGGAGGUGGAAGAGGAAGGGGACGGGGAAGGAGUAAUGUAGCAGCUGUAGCAAAAGGGCCUUCAACAGGAGCUCGUGGGAGACCAGUCGGUGCGCGUAGAGCGAAUGCUGUUAGAUCAAUAGAACUGUGUCUUGCGCCGCCUUGUCAAGUUUUUCCUCAAACGUUUGACCCUGAUUUAGUAGAUCCGGCUUUUAAUAAAAUAGAAGGUCCAGGAGACAAAGAUGUAGCCAAAGCUGGUCGUAGUGCAGAUAAAAUAAUGGGAGCUGAAGAAGCCAACACAACUCCCGUUCCUCAGAGGGUGCAAGUGGCCUAUUCUCCUGUAUAUAUAACUGAAAAGAAGUUGGGCAAAGGUGGUUUUGGGCAAGUCUAUGCUGGUAGGAGAGUUAGCGGGGGAAUCGGCAGGCUGGGACCAGAUGCUGUCCAGGUUGCAAUAAAAUUUGAACACCAAAACAGUAAGGGCUGCAACUACAGCCCUCCCAAUGAAUGGCAAGUGUAUGACAAUGUGAAUGGGUGCUAUGGAAUUCCAUGGGUUCACUACAAGGGGCGUCAGGGAGAAUUUUAUGUUAUGGUUAUGGACAUGCUUGGACCAAGCCUUUGGGAUGUAUGGAAUACUUCUGGACAAUCGAUGCCACCAAGUAUGGUGGGCUGUAUUGCAAUGGAGGCAAUUUCAAUUCUUGAAAAGCUUCACUUGAAGGGCUUUGUGCACGGUGAUGUCAAGCCAGAGAAUUUUUUGCUUGGACAGCCAGGAACUGUUGAUGAAAAGAAGCUGUAUCUUGUUGAUCUUGGUUUGGCAACUAGAUGGAAAGACUUAGCAUCCGGUGAACAUGUUGAAUAUGACCAGCGACCUGAUAUAUUUAGGGGUACACUUAGAUAUGCAAGCGUACAUGCACACUUGGGUCGUACUGGAAGUCGAAGGGAUGACCUCGAGUCUCUAGCAUACACACUGAUAUUCCUCAUGAAGGGAAGGCUGCCAUGGCAGGGCUGUCAGGGUGACAACAAGAACUUUCUUGUUUGUAAAAAGAAGAUGGCCAUUUCGCCAGAGUUGAUGCGGUGCUUCUGUCCUGCUCCAUUCCAGCAAUUUUUUGAGGCUGUAAUAAACAUGAAGUUUGAUGAGGAGCCAGAUUAUGUAAAGCUUAUAACCUUCUUUGAUACCGUUGUUGAGCCAUGCGCUUCUCUGAGGCCAAUAAAAAUCGAUGGAGCUCUCAAGGUUUGGCAGAAGAGGGUAAGGUUGACCCUAAACUUAGAGGAAGAUGAGCAACCAAGGAAGAAAGUACGACUUGGUAAUCCUGCAACACAAUGGAUUUCAGUUUACAAUGCACGACACCCAAUGAAGCAGAGGUAUCACUUCAAUGUUGCAGAGCCAAGAAUCUUGCAGCAUGUGGAGAAGGGUAAGGCAGACGGUUUGUAUAUCAGCUCUGUGGCUUCUGGAGGAAACCUUUGGGCCAUAGUCAUGGAUGCAGGGACAGGUUUUUCUUCACAGUGUUUUGAGAUUUCAGAUGGCUUCCUUCAGAAGGAUUGGAUAAUGGAGCAAUGGGAAAAGAACUUCUACAUUACCUCCUUAGCUGGUGCGGAUAACGGGCAUUCCUUGAUUGUUAUGUCUAAAGGAACUCCCUAUACUCAGCAGUCUUACAAAGUGAGUGAUUCGUUUCCGUUCAAAUGGAUAAACAAAAAGUGGAAAGAAGGUUUCUUUGUCACAUCCAUGGCCACUGCCGGCAGUCGUUGGUGCGUGGUGAUGUCCAGAAAUGCUGGAUAUUAUGACCAGGUUGUAGAGAUUGAUUUUCUUUACCCAAGUGAUGGAAUUCACAGACGGUGGGAGACUGGUUACAGAAUAACAUCCAUGGCUGCUACGCCUGAUCAAGCUGCCUUUAUUAUGAGCACACUAAGAUAUAAGUCAGUUGAAGAGGGUCAGGAGACCCUGCGCACCUCAGCUUUUCCAUCUACUCAUAUAAAGGAGAAGUGGUCCAGAAAUCUGUAUAUCGAUUCGGUUUGCUAUGGCAGAACUGUGAGCUAAAUGGUGUCAGCAGGUGUUUUAUGAAGAGGCAGUUAUAAAUGUAUGUAUUCCAUUCUGCUGGAUUAUUAGCUCCUUUCCAUUCUCCUUUUGCAACUGUAUGAUAGCAAAAGCUGUUGCUGUUUUACUAGACUUAAACGUAGGCUUGGCGAUGAAGAUCCAUCAAGAAUAAGGGAUGGGUCUUCAAAGUUCUAAGUCUGAAUUUUCUCUUUUCUUUUCAAUAAUGGGAACCCUCAAAC